AUGGGCCAUUUUUAUCUCAGAUAUCUGACGUUUGCAUCCAGGAUGAUGCGUCUCAUCCUCUUAUUGUUAGCCGUCACUUUGGCGGCGGCAUAUAAAAACCCAUUCUAUGCACAAGGGAGGUCAACGAUGGUCCAUCUCUUCGAGUGGAAGUGGGAUGAUAUUGCAGCUGAAUGUGAGAGGUUCCUCGGACCACGUGGAUUCGGUGGUAUUCAGAUUUCACCGCCCAACGAGAACUUGAUAAUUCGCUCUAGAAAUCGUCCAUGGUGGGAGCGCUACCAACCCAUGUCCUACCGGCUGGUCACACGAUCUGGCAACGAACAACAGUUCGCAAAUAUGGUGCGACGCUGUAACAAUGCUGGUGUAAGGAUCUAUGUAGAUGCAAUCAUCAACCACAUGACAGGCACAUGGAAUGAGAAUGUUGGUACCGGUGGCAGUAAUGCUAACUUCGGUAACUGGCACUAUCCUGCUGUGCCCUAUGGCAGGAACGACUUCAACUGGCCUCAUUGUGUCAUCUCCGGCAAUGAUUACGCUUGUUGUGCUGACAGAGUGCGCAACUGCGAAUUAUCAGGUCUUAAAGACUUGAAUCAAGGAUCAGAAUAUGUUCGACAACAAAUAGUAAACUACAUGAAUCGUCUCAUCGAUUUUGGAGUAGCUGGAUUCAGAAUUGACGCUGCUAAACACAUGUGGCCGGGUGAUCUGAAUGUAAUCUACAGCAGGCUAAAAAAUCUGAACACCGGUCACGGUUUCCCAUCUGGUGCUCGUCCUUACAUCUUCCAAGAAGUCAUUGAUCUCGGUGGAGAAGCAAUCAGUAGGAAUGAAUACACCCCACUUGCCGCUGUCACUGAAUUCAGAUUUGGUCUCGAAUUGAGCCGCGCUUUCUUAAGACAAAAUCAACUUAGAUGGUUAGUCAACUGGGGCCCACAAUGGGGUCUUCUCGCUUCUAACGAUGCUUUAACCUUCAUCGACAACCAUGAUAACCAACGAGGACACGGUGCAGGAGGCAACAUCCUGACAUACAAACAAGCCAAGCAGUACAAGGGUGCUAUAGCCUUCAUGUUAGCUCAUCCUUAUGGACAACCUCAGUUGAUGAGCAGUUACGCCUUCACUGAUACUGAAGCUGGACCUCCUCAGGACGGAAAUGGCAAUAUCAUCUCACCUUCUAUCAAUUCUGACAACUCAUGCGGAAAUGGAUGGAUAUGCGAACAUAGAUGGCGUCAAAUUUAUUCUAUGGUAGAUUUCCGUAAUGUAGCAGGAACCACUGCAGUGAAUAACUGGUGGGACAAUGGCAGCAACCAGAUCGCGUUCUGCCGAGGUGGCCAAGGAUUUGUUGCCUUCAAUAACGAUAAUUGGGACUUGAAUCAGGACUUGCAGACAUGCCUUCCUGCUGGAAGAUACUGUGACGUUAUUUCCGGCGAAAAGAGGAAUAACGCCUGUACCGGAAAGACUAUUACAGUUGGUUCUGAUGGACGCGCUAGGAUUACCCUUGGAGCCAAUGAAUAUGACAUGGUUCUAGCUAUCCAUAGAGGAACUCAUUCACGCUUG